AACUACACUUUUGCACACUUCCUAUCGGCAACGCAAGGACCGACUUUUGGAGACUCUGAACUCACUUUAACCCAAAACAUGAGGAUCGUAAAGGCAAGUCCAUUUAAGAUGUUUGCCCCUGGGAGUAUUAACAACGGUUUACGAAUAACAGAAAAUGGUACAAMGUUUGCUGAUGAAGUUGAAGUCCUGCAUUUGAAGGAUUCAGCAUGUUCAGCAACGUGUGAGUUGUACAACACGUGCGAUGAAUAUACUGGAAAAUGUGUAUGUGACAAAAGUAUACCAUGGAAUAGAAUGUGUGAAAAUGACAACCAAUUAUCCCAGCACGUAAAAGACGCAAUGUUUUACUGGCCUCUUGACGGUCAAGUUAUUGAUAUGAAGGGACAAGCGUGGUAUUCCACACCAGAAAAUACAACCAAUCAUACUGAUGGAGUAUUAUCACGAGGUGUACAGUUACGAGACCCUACUUCACUCAUCGACCUAGGCGUAAACMACACAUGCUUAGCCUUGAUAGAUAAUUGCACAGAUGGCCUGACUAUAUCUCUUUGGAUGAUGUAUGACAAUCAAUCUAAGGGUGUCUUGUUUACAAGUGGAGAUGAAGGUUAUGGCUUGAGCUUGGGUGUUUGUAUGGGCGUGGACACUGAUGACCUUUGUUURAAUAUAACAACACUUCAUGUCAAAUGUGCUUAUAGAUUUACUAGCUCCAAAUUAUACUGGAAUCAUUAUACCAUCACACUUAAUAACACCUUUGAGGUUCUGGUGUACGURAAUGGACAAGAAGCUAUCGUUACACAGAAUUGUAUCUCGUCCACUGUCACUCGACCAGCCUCGUCGCGAGUUUCUUUGGCGGGGAACGCUAAAUUCGACGAGCUGAUUGUCUGGUAUUCUGUACUCAAUGCUUCCAAAGUGAGGGAGAACUACAAUUUUUAUAACUUUAAAGAUAACAAAGCAAUGGAGGUCUUCUUUGUAUUUCGUUUGACUUCUUAUUCUUGGAACGAUACCAUUAACGACAAGGAAAACAGUGAUUACCAAAAGAUAAAGAACUCCAUUCAAGAUAAUGCAUUACAGAUUUAUUCAGCACACGGAAGCAGAUCAAAAGUCAAGGCAAUUUCAGUGCAACGGAUAUGGCAAGGAAGCGUCUACGCUAAUCUAAGCAUUAUCUAUUUGGAUGCCAUCUACGAUCUGCCUGAACUGCUUUACAAUACAGUCCAACAAACAGGCCGUCUGGGUAAUCUUCUUGUGGACAACCUUGCUAUGUAUAUCGAUAAUGUGUAUAACGAAUCCGUACAAGUCAAAAUAGAAGACACCCAAGAGACGUCUUUGACGUUAAGCUGGUCAGCAGCCAAUGAAAAUGCGAGAACGCUGGGAAACUUCCAGGGUUAUCAAGUGAUUGGAUCUACUAAUGGUAGUGAAUUCUACACAAAAGAUUUGACAGGCAACAUCACGUCUGUUACAGUAGAAAAUCUCAAGUCGUGUACCGACUUUAUCUUCAUAGUGCGUGUAUUUUCACUUGUUGCUUAUGGGAAACGGAGUGAAGCUGUCUCCGUGGCAACCAAGUGUGAAGCUCCAAACAUCACUGUUUCUGGUCUCCAUGGUUACAAUACAAGUGCUACGUCAAUCUUCGUCCAAUGGGACCCAGUACAUCCCKCGCAGGUCCCAGGAGUCUUGAAGGAAUACCGUGUGUAUUAUGCUCCUCCAUAUCGUCCGAGUACAGCAGUCAAUGUUACCGUAAAUUUUAAUGUGUCGUCCAACGUGACGCUGUUUGGUUUGCAGCCGUACACAAAUUACACGAUCACAGUGUUGGUUUACAACGGGCGAGAAUCAAAGGAGAACGCGUCUAUAGUGGUGACUACUGAUGAGAGUGUUCCCCUGAUUGCUCCACCUGGUUUCUCUAUCGUAUCUCUAUCCUUGACUACCUUAAUGGCUCAGUGGCAAAGAAUUCCUCUAGAAUAUCGUGGAGGGAUCAUUCGCGGCUACAAACUGACCUACAACAUCACAGGAGGCAGCAUUUUCGCUUCAGUUUUUCUACCAGAACAUAUUUUAUCUCAGGACUUCAGUGGUCUCUCUUACGAAACGCAGUAUUCUUUCAACAUUUCUGCUUACAAUGACAAGGGUUUUGGUCCGGUUACAACGCUUAGGAUGUUCACUGGUGUGGGAGUUCCAUACAAGAAACCAGAUAACCUAACUGCAGAAAACUGGACUACAACGAAUACAAUCCCAGUAACAUGGCUGCCACUUGCACGUGAACAUGCCCUUGGUGAAAUACGAGGAUACUUGCUAACAUACCAGGCAGUCAAGGCUGGAGAAGAGGAUGUAGAUGAUACUAAAGUGAACGAGAUUCUAACGCCUUCGAAUCAAACUCAGUACCAGUUAUCGGGUCUUGAUAGCUAUACCAAGUAUAGGAUAACAGUUGCUGGGUUCACACGUGGUGGUAAAGGACCAGAAGCAGUAACAUUCGCAGAAACAUGUCGUUGCGACAAACGUCUUUCAACCAACUGGAUGACACAAAUUCCAUACGCGAACAUUCAUUCAGGAAACAGCUCCGGUAUCAUCCCAGAAAUACUGGAAAACCUCGUGUUUUCAUGCUGCAAGACAUGCAAGGCCCAUGGCGCGUCGUUCAUUGAUUAUCAAACCUCGUCUAACAUUACAGGAGACGUAUCUUUAAAAAUGAGCAUUUCUCAUUCAUCCGAUAUGAGUUUCCCAAUAUAUGGUUACAUGGAUCAAGAUACGUAUAAUGCAGAGUAUGGCUUUACUCCUAUAGUUGAGUCACCCGGCGUCACUUUUAUCGUACAUUUUUCAGACGAGGCGGAGAACAAUUCAAUGGUUCUGGAUGCCUUAAUCAAGUGCUGGCCCUUGUUAACCUUUCUUAUGCUCCUUACCUGGUUAUCAGGAAUAAUUGUCUGGUUUUUGGAUUCUACGAUAAACACAGAACAUUUUCCAGCUGGAUUUCUGCGAGGCACAGGGAAUGGAUUAUGGUGGGCAUUCACUACUAUGACCACUGUCGGAUAUGGUGAUCGUUUUCCAGUGUCAGUCAGUGCCAGAAUAUUCACAGUGGUUUGGAGUUUAACGGGCAUCAUUCUGCUUAGCAUGCUGAAUGCGUCACUUACAAACUCUCUGACUUCUGUCUCUUUCUCCACUCAAGUAUCGUUGUACGGCUGCAAGGUUGGCGCGAUUCAGGAUUCCCCAGAACACAGGUUGGGGAUCCGCAAAAACGCCAAAGUAAACACAGAACGACAGUACACAAGCUACGAGGAAAUAGCAAGUGAUUUACUCGAAGGACGAAUAAAAGGAGCCUUGAUCGACACAUAUGUUCUAAGUAGAAGAAAGGACUUAUUUGAUCGUCCAUCGUUAAGAAUCAUGAAGGUUCUAGAUUACUCCAGCGCUUAUGGCGCCGUUCUGGGAGGAAAUUCCCUGAGACUUACCAAAUGUUUUACGAGCUACAUGCUGUCUAAUCGAGCUACUGUCUUUGGUAUCAUCCAGAGAAAUGUGGACAAGGUGGAGGUUGACAGUGUACCCCUGGCAAUCAAGUUGACAUCUAAUCUAGUUGGCAGUGCCUCUAAGGAGUAUGCCGACACUAUAUUCUAUCUUGUGGUGUUACUGGCUUCAGCCAUUGUGUUGGGAUUCUUGUGGAGUAUGAUCUUGAAGAAAACUAACCAAAUUUCCAAUGCUGUAAACUACAAAAUUAUAGCGGAAAUGAAGGUAAUGCUCAUAGAAUUUAACGAACGUAUGGAGUCAUUGGCGAAACGAUUGAAAAGAAAACAUGCUAUCCAACUGCUGGAAGUGCUCAAACACCAAGCCAUCAAGACACAGGAAGACAACCUACCACAAGCAAAGAUAACACAAGCAAAGCUACCAGCUGCAGACUAAAAUAUUGCUCUUACGAUAUCAUAUUAUCGAUUUCACAGGUCAACCACCAAAAAAACACCAUAUAGUUCCCAUUUGAUGCAUACCUCUGUUUUUAAGACCACAGACGUAUUUGCACAGGUCGGCUCUUCGCAAAUACCAUUAAAAGUCCUUGGGAUUUCAAAACAUUGGUAUAGUUCAAGCUGCACAUUCUUUACAUUACAGUUGACAUUUGCAAAUGAUUUUUUCUUAAGCGAGGCUAAGGCUGAGUAGAGGUCUUUAGUCAUGAAACACCGUGAAAUUUACCGGAUUAGAAAAGGGAAUAUUCCACGAAAUUCUGUCCAAUAAUUGUGUGAGCAAAAACUCCAAAUGCUUAACCACAAAUAAUACUUUUAUUUUCACAUUAAUAAGGAUAUCUAAUACUAGUACGUUGUUAAAAUUGAUACACUAAAAUCAAAUGUAAACAAAAUGGUGUGAUUUUUUUAUCUUGCAGAGUUUUAAAAUUGGCUUUUUCUGGUUAAUUACAUUAAGUGAUUUGCUUAGACCACAAAACAGUUUCUAGUACUGUAUUUAGUCUAACUGUCCAUUAGACACAGAAGAAAAAAAUGUGAUACAAGUUGCAAGAGUGUCUAUGCAGUGCAAGGGAGACGCAAUCAUUGCCAAAAGUAGAAAUUAAUCAUACAUUUUGCAACGAUUGCUGGAUCUUGUAACAACAUUUUUUUCAAAUUGCACUGUAGGUUACAUGCUGCAAUGCUCCAUGCAACUUGUGUUGCAAUGCCGUUGUGAGACAGGUUGCAGAGAAAAUUGCACUGUGUAAUUAACCAUUUAGUCUACUAAGUAUUUUAUGGUCAAAGGAAAAUCACACUAAUGCAACUCAAGAGCAAGGUAGAUCAGAGAGUUGCCUAAUCAUUAUGUAAAUGGGUAAAAUAUAGAUAUUUCUGGGUUGGAGAUCUCUUAUUACCCUCCAGACCGGGCUUAGAAUAACAACAGACAUCAGUCAAUGUCUGGCUUGAACUGGAACUUUUCCUGUCAAAUCUUUGACUUUCCAGUUACAGUAUUUUGACCAGUAACAGUUACCCAGAUAUGGGGUAAGACUGAGCUAAUAUUGCCUGUGAUCAUGACUGGAAUCUGAUUGGCUGUUAUUUUAAGCCCUGCCAAAGUGAGCUCUGCUCACAGGGGAAGGCUAGGGAGAUAUUGUUCAUAAUUUUUAACUUCUUUCUUUGUACAUACCACAGGCCUUUUACUCAAGGAAAUUAUAUUAAAUAGUAGGAUCAAUAAAGGGGGAAAAAAAUGGAUGAGCGUCCAGAAUGAAGGACUGCUACAGUAACAGGAAUAUGAACAUUAUAUAUAUAUACUACGGCACAAUCUGCCAAUGUACACUAGCCACAAUAAACACACACAUUUAAAAAACUUGCUAUUAUGUAAAGAAUACAAAAUAAAAAACAUCUAGAAAUGGUA